CUCAAGUAAGUAAACCUCCUGGCCGUGUUUCGGACCGGAGCCGUAUUCGGUAGGGGUGUUUCGUACAGGUGCUCGCGAUCGGGGCAGGUUGUUGGUGUUUAGUGUUGGUUGGGCAGACUACCGACCAGCACACCAUCCCAAGCCACAGGCUUCAGAACAAAGAAACUCUGUCUCAACGCGGCGCCCGUCCAUCCAGGCGAGACAUGCACCGUUGGCCUGUCAAUCGAUCCUGGACAAUGGAACUCGUUUCGGAAUACAAUGGCUGAUUACCCUAGGAGCUACUCGGCUUCUCAUAUGGCCCGCUGAUGUGUGCCGGUCAGCUAUGCGUCCCAUUGUUCGACAAUUCUCGCCCACGCGUAAGCCUGCCUACUCUUUAAACACUGCCACCUGUUCAAAUAAACCGUCAUUCGCUCCUGGGCAUCUUUUUGUACUUGCUAUCCAUCGACAUCAGCUGGCUUCUUCACUAUCAAUCGACGAAAUGACUUUAAACUCCAGACGGCCCGUGCCCUUAGAUCUGUCGUUGGCAAAGACGCAAGCAAAGAGGUUGCACGAGGAUAUUCUUACUCCACUGCCGACUGCGAAGACGACAGAGAUCCCCGACGACCAACCUGGUUUCGCGAAGCGUCUCCAAUCCCUCCAUCUCAGCCCACGAUCGCACGCAGCGCUUGCGUCUCCUCCAGCGAGUCCUCUCCUCAAUGUCGAAACCCAGAAGGAGCGACCCAGGACUCUUGCCAAUGAGAUUCAAUCAGUAACAAUUGAAAUUCCAACAACCACUGAGGAACAACCCGCGCAAGAGGACGUAUCACCAAAGAGCACCGAGCGCGCCGCAUCGACAUCACCACAAAUCCCCGAGAGCGUCUGUCUUCAACAGCUCGAGCAGGCAUGGCAAAUUCCUGACCCAAGGCCCGAACUCGUCAAUGUUCCAACAGCAUACAUCGAGAAAAAGCUUCUUCAGAUGGGUUCGCGUUAUUUGGGAGAUUACCGAUCGGCGCACGUGUUCGUGAAAGCUGUACCGUUGUCGAAGGAGAACAUGGAUGGGCAGACGUGGAAGGCGAAGGUCCGAUCGCAGUGGCCGGGACGUCAAAACUUCUCUAUGUCAAGGGAGUUGCCAAGACGACUUGAGGAAGUGGAAGUUGAGGGGAAGACUGAGGAGGACAAGGGAGUUUACCUGCCGUUGCACGUUGAGUACGCUGUCAUGUGUGCGCCGCUCCUUGGCAGCCUUCUUUUAUCGGGUGAGAUCCGCCGGGGUGACCACAUCGAGAUUGCUUUGCCAUAUACCAAAGAGACUUGGAUUGCGACCGUAGCCUGGAUGUACCUUGGCCACCUCAAGGAGGGCGACGACGACGAGAAGGUCAGGAGAUGCGUGGAGUUCUUGCAUAACUGCUAAGUGCAGCAUUCGCUUUUCGAUUCUUCUCUUUUCGGGACACACGGCGUUUUUUAUUACUUUCUGUCAUUUCAUGUGACGCACACAUUACCUUCUCUUCUUGGGUAGUGAUACCAUACGAGCCUUUAUACGUUAAUCGCAAACAAAAUAGUAUAAUUGAGCACCUUCCUGAGGUACAUCAUAAAAACAAAAUAUCCCGUAAACUCCGUUGCAGACCCUGAAACACAAGCCGAAUGCUUGCCUGAUGACGCGCACCCCCUUCCUCCCAAUUUGCAAUUCUUAGUCGAUGACUUGUCCGUCCUG